CCGCCUCUUCCCUCCGAUUCCCACGCAUCGAAAACCCUCACCACGCGCUCGCCUAGGGUUUCGCCUCCUCCGCCACCGCCGCCGCCGCCGCAGCAGCAGCCGGGGACGCGACGCGCGAUGCAGCAGCCUCCCCCGCCGACGAUGAACGGCGGCCACCACGCGGCCCCUCCUCCGCCGCAGGUCUCCGGGGCGCCCCCGCCGCCGCAUGGCCACUACCAGCAGCAGCCGCCGCCUCAGCCGUACUGCCAGCAGCAGCAGCCGCUGCCGCCGCACUACUACCAGGCGGGGCCCCCGCACGCGCCUCCGCCGCAGCAGCCGCCGGCGAUGUGGGGCCAGCCGCCGCCGCCGCCGCCGCAGUACGCGCCACCUCCGCCCCAGCAGUUCCAGCUCCCGCACCAGCAGUACGCACCUCCCCCUCAGCAUUACGCGCCGCCGCCGCCGCAGCAGCAGUACGGGGCGCAGAUGGCUGGCGGGCCCGCUCCGGGAGGCGACGAGAUCAGGUCGCUGUGGAUCGGGGAUCUCCAGUACUGGAUGGAUGAGAGCUACCUCUCCAACGCUUUUGCCCCCAUGGGACAGCAGGUUACCUCUGUGAAAGUCAUCCGCAACAAGCAGAGUGGGCACUCUGAGGGUUAUGGUUUUAUUGAAUUUCAGUCUCACGCUGCUGCAGAAUAUGCUCUGGCUAACUUUAAUGGGAGGAUGAUGCUUAAUGUUGACCAACUUUUCAAGCUAAACUGGGCUUCUAGUGGUGCUGGUGAAAGGCGUGCUGCUGAUGAUGGUCCUGAGCACACAAUAUUUGUUGGUGAUUUAGCUUCUGAUGUUACAGACUCCAUGUUGGAAGAAGCAUUCAAAACCAGUUAUCCUUCAGUUAGAGGAGCCAAAGUUGUUUUUGACAAAGUCACUGGGCGAUCCAAGGGAUAUGGUUUUGUACGUUUUGGAGAUGAAAAUGAGCAAACACGUGCUAUGACUGAGAUGAAUGGAGCGACCUUGUCUACAAGGCAAAUGAGGCUUGGGCCGGCAGCUAACAAGAAGAAUAUGGGUACCCAGCAGACAUAUUCAACAAAUGGUUACCAGAGCUCCCAAGGAAACAGUUUGGAGAAUGAUCCCAAUAAUACAACAAUCUUUGUGGGCGGGUUAGAUUCCAAUGUAAAUGAGGACCAUCUAAAGCAAGUAUUUACUCCAUAUGGGGAAAUUGGUUAUGUGAAGAUUCCUCUAGGCAAGCGUUGUGGAUUUGUCCAAUUUACUAGCAGGUCAUCUGCUGAAGAAGCCAUCCGUGUGCUGAAUGGGUCUCAGAUUGGUGGGCAGCAAGUUCGGCUUUCAUGGGGCCGUACUCCUCAGAACAAGCAGGCUCCCCAGCAGGAUGCCAACCAGUGGAAUGGCAACUACUAUGGAUACCAACAGGGCUAUGAUUCUUCUUACUAUGGUGCACCCAAUGCACAGGAUCCUAGUGCGCAAAACUACUAUGGAUAUUCUGGCUAUGGCAAUUACGAACAGCAGCAGGAGCCCCCACAGCAGCAGCAGCAACCCCCACAACAGCCCCCACAGCAGUGACCAUGGCGACGUGCAACUUUCAGAUCUCGCAGUUGGAUUAUCAGGGUGUACAUUUUGCGUGAACUCGAGCUGGCGCUUCCUUAAGUUAUUUGUAGAUGUCUUUGUGUGGAUGAGGUCGUGUUCUAGCUCCGCUACCACCUGUCGUUAGACGACUGAUCGAACCCUUUUGACAGUAGCCAGUGUUUCGUUUUUUGGGCCUCCCUGGGUGUGAUGAUCAUCAAAUCUGAUGCUCUGAGAGUUACUGAGGCGACUAAUGUUAUUUAUGGAUGGUUUGUUUGGGCUUUUGCAUGGAAAUGAAACCAUCACCCCCCUGUGAGGCUGUGAUUCCCGUCA